CCUCCGGACGGAAUAGUAGUUUCAGUUCUGAACUAACGAUCAACAGACCAACAAGGCUACAAGCCGCUCCGCGGUAAAGACCAUAAUAAACGAUGAACGCAAACUCAUUUCGGCGGAUCGGCUACAUCUACGCCGUGUUUUGCUUUAUCUGCUCGGUGCUAGGUGCCGUCUAUUUUUUCAAGAAAAUACUAGAACCCAAAAGUUUCUGCGUGGAAUAUUUCUGUGAAAGUGGAUUCGAACAUCUCUUGAUCUCCGCGGUCAGCAUGGUGAUGUGUCUCCUGUCGGCAACGUUUGCCAUAUUCGUCAAACUGGGAAUAGAAGAGGGUGAAGCCGGCUACAUACACAUCAGUAGGACGUUCAUGCUGGUGCGCAGUUUGGUGCUCACGAUUCGCUGGACCUACGAGAGUGUCGCACUGGCGAUCGCUGAAAUCACUCAAGACGUAACACCGUUGGUGGAACAAUUUCGCACGGUUGCCACUGCUCUAUUAAUUGUGAUUACAGCAUCUACCGGUCUGGAGCUGUGGAUCUUGGACGGAGUGCAGAAAUACACAAUGCAAAGGCUCCAUGAAGAAACCGCCAGUAACGGAUCGCGAUCGUGAAAGGAUGAACUUGCUUUCUAGAAUAGCACUACAACCAAGACUGAUACCAUUCCUCAGGGCAUCCUGUCAAAGUGAUUUAUAUAAGUAGCUGCUAAGGAUAAACUAUUGCGAAAGCGAGUAGGAAUAAAAUCCUACCUUGUUAAGGCCACCUUGUACCUGGUCGAGAGACGAGAUUGAUAAUAAUUCGGCUGGUCAGAACCAAUUACAAU